GUGGGAGAUACAUAUGACGAAAGGUUUAGGUCCUUUUUAUCCGUAUGGUAUGGGAUGGUAAGAAGUCACUUUUUCUAAUAGCUUUUUGGGUCUUCUUCCUUUGUUUAUUUCUUUAAACACACUCUACUCUACUCGACUCUGUGUUGCUCUGUUUGAGUAAUAAGUACACUGUGCUGUGCGGAUCGAUCCAACAAUCUGAGAGAGAAAAUGGAGUUGUUCUACUACUUGGUGUUCGGGGGAUUUGGGGCUGUGGUGGUGGCAUUGGAGCUCAGCAAAACCAGUAAAGAUCGCAUCAAUACAUCCACUUCUUUCAAUUCCUUUAAGAAUAACUACCUCGUUGUUUACUCCCUCAUGAUGGCCGGUGAUUGGUUGCAGGGUCCAUAUGUCUACUACCUGUACAGCCAGUAUGGUUUUGGGAAGGGGGAAAUUGGGCAGCUGUUUAUUGCUGGUUUUGGAUCCUCUAUGUUGUUUGGAACAAUUGUUGGAUCUCUAGCAGAUAAACAAGGUCGAAAGAGGGCAUGUGUUACAUACUGCAUAACCUACAUCCUGAGCUGCAUCACCAAACAUUCUUCUCAGUAUCAAGUCUUAAUGUUGGGACGUGUAUUGGGAGGGAUUGCCACUUCUCUUCUGUUUUCUGCAUUUGAGUCAUGGCUUGUUGCAGAACACAAUAAGAGGGGUUUUGAUCAACAAUGGCUGUCAUUAACUUUUUCUAAGGCAAUAUUUCUUGGCAAUGGUCUAGUUGCAAUUUUAUCCGGGUUAUUUGGGAAUCUGCUAGUUGAUUCGUUUAGCUUGGGCCCUGUUGCUCCAUUUGAUGCCGCUGCAUGCUUUCUUGCAAUUGGCAUGUCAAUUAUAUUAUCAUUGUGGACUGAAAAUUAUGGUGAUCCUUCAGAAAGCAAGGACUUGCUUACCCAGUUCAAGGGUGCUGCUGUAGCCAUUGCUUCUGAUGAGAAAAUUGCGCUCCUCGGUGCCAUACAGUCCUUAUUUGAAGGUUCAAUGUACACUUUUGUGUUCCUUUGGACUCCUGCUUUGAGCCCAAAUAAUGAAGAGAUUCCGCAUGGUUUCAUUUUUGCAACAUUUAUGUUGGCUUCAAUGUUGGGAAGCUCCGUUGCAUCUCGACUGAUGGCCUGUUCAUCCCUCAAAGUCGAAAGCUACUUGCAGAUUGUCUUUUUAAUCUCUGCUGUCUCGCUCUUCAUUCCCGUUGGAACAAAUGUCUUGGGGUCACCUUCUACUGCAAAAGGUGGCAGCAUCUCAUUCUCAGGGUAUGUCCUACUUAUCGGCUUCUGUGCAUUUGAGGCCUGUGUGGGGAUAUUUUGGCCAUCUAUCAUGAAAAUGAGGUCCCAAUACAUUCCUGAGGAGGCGCGAAGCACAAUAAUGAACUUUUUUCGCAUUCCUCUUAACAUUUUCGUGUGUGUUGUGCUGUACAAUGUUGAUGCAUUCCCCAUCACUGUUAUGUUUGGGAUGUGCUCGUUUUUCCUUUUUGUGGCAUCUAUCUUGCAGAGGCGCCUCAUGGUGAUUGCGGAGAGCCAUAAAUCAAUGGCACACAGAGAGAGGGAAAUGGAGGCAGAGCCACUGAAUCUCUGAUGUGAUGUAGAGCCUUCUGGAAACAAUGGGAUGUCGAAGUCUGCUAGCUACCUUUUGUUGUUGAAUAUUGUCAGAGCAGUAUUAUUUUGUUGGUUGCAAUUGGCUGUGUGAUAAAAAUAAGGUAAGGCGGAUUGUGGGCUGUUUCUUAAAUGUUUGAAAAUGUUAGAUUUUUUUAGCUGGGUGAUCUGAUCUUCACAGAAAAGAAUUGGUUUAUGGGGAAAAGAAGGGUGAAGGCAAUGCUCUUCGGUUAGUCAGUUACUGUAAACUGGUGCUGCACUAAUAUUGGGUACAUCCUCUGAGAUGUUAAUCUUAAACAUUUUAAUGUUCUUUUAAUGUUUUUAUAUGUAAUUUUGGUCUUUGUUUAAGCAGGGUGUUUGUAAAGCAAUAUUAUACACUUUUUUUUUAA